CGGGGCCUGCCCUCGCGUGCUAAUCCCACUCGCAUUGCCCUAUCUCCUCCUCGCCCAACCACCACCCGGUCCGGCGAAUUCAGGCUCCGUUCCCCGGUGGUCCUUGUCCGUCCAUGGCCGCCUCGCUGCUUCGCCGCGGCGCUGCCGCCGCAGGCCGCCGGUGGUGCCCGGUGGACGUGCUGCGGCGGCUGGUCUCGUCGGAGGCGGCGCCCGAGCGGGCAGCCUCGCGGGCGCCGCCUGAGAUGCCGCCAUUCGACCACCAGCCCCGCCCGUACGCCGGGAUGGGCGGCGCCGAGAUCUUCGAGAAGAGGAAGGACCUCCUCGGCCCGUCGCUCUUCCACUACUACCAGAAGCCGCUCAACAUUGUGGAGGGGAAGAUGCAGUAUCUGUAUGACGAGCAUGGGAAGAGAUACCUCGAUUGCUUUGGGGGUAUCGUCACAGUUUCGUGCGGUCAUUGCCAUCCGGAUAUUGUCAAUGCUGUGGUGGAGCAGACCAAGUUGCUCCAACACACAACCACCAUAUACUUGCAUCACGCCAUUGUCGAGUUUGCAGAGGCACUCACCUCCAAAAUGCCUGGCAAUCUCAAGGUAAAAUACUGUCACUCUGCUUGUGGUCAUAACACUCACUAUUGUAUACUUUGUCACUCUGCUUCGUGUUUUGGGGUGCCACAGGUUGUGUACUUUGUCAAUUCGGGGACUGAAGCAAAUGAAUUAGCAAUGUUGAUGGCCCGGCUGUAUAGUGGGAACCUCAGUAUGAUUGCACUCAGGAAUGCAUACCACGGUGGAAGUGCUGGAACAAUAGGAUUGACUGGUCUGCAGACAUGGAAGUACCCAAUUCCUCAGGGUGAAAUACAUCAUGUCAUGAACCCUGAUCCUUACCGGGGGACUUUUGGAUCUGAUGCUGCAGCUUAUGCCAAGGAGGUCCAAGAACAUAUAACCUAUGGAAGUUCAGGAAGGGUUGCAGGCUUCAUUGCAGAAACAUUUCAGGGUGUUGGAGGUGCUGUCGAACUAGCUCCUGGAUACCUUAAGUUAGCUUAUGACAUUGUGCGGAAGGCUGGUGGUGUUUGUAUUGCUGAUGAAGUCCAAAGUGGGUUCGGUCGUACUGGAAGUCAUUACUGGGGAUUCCAGACACAAGAUGUCAUUCCAGACAUUGUAACAAUGGCAAAGGGCAUUGGCAAUGGUCUACCAUUGGGGGCUGUUGUAACAACUCCUGAGAUUGCAAGUGUGUUGUCUCAGAAAAUCCAAUUUAAUACAUUUGGUGGAAACCCAGUUUGUUCUGCUGGUGGUUUGGCUGUGCUUAAGGUUCUUGACAAGGAGAAGCGCCAGGCACAUUGUGCUGAUGUUGGAGCUCACUUGGUGGAGCGUCUAAAAUCGCUUCAGGAGAAGCAUGAAAUCAUAGGUGAUGUUAGAGGAAGGGGACUCAUGCUUGGCGUUGAACUCGUUACCGAUAGAAACGAGAAGACCCCUGCCAAGGCAGAAACUGCGGAACUGUUUGAGAAACUCAAAGAUCUCGGGGUACUAGUUGGAAAAGGCGGUCUGCAUGGUAACGUCUUCAGAAUCAAACCACCAAUGUGCUUUUCAAAGGAGGAUGCAGAUUUCUUGGUGGACGCCAUGGACUACGCAAUGUCAGGCCUCUGAAUUGAGAAUGCGUCUCCGUGGAACCGACAGUUCCUGUAACCCGCAAGAUAUGCAUGGCCUGAUACUGGAAGGCAGAUGAUUCGAUGGCAUCUUCCCGGUUGAUGUGCUUCUGGUGGUGACAUGGUGAAAUAGAACCCUGCAGGGAUAAAUGAAUGAAGGGGAAGAAAAUAUUGGAAAUUCAGAAUGUACUGUCGGCUUGCGAGCUGUAAGCUGUCUGUAAAAGAACUAGUUAAUAAAUAAUAACGAGCAUGUUAGUAUAUUUGCAUUUUUCCGCA